CGUUGAUAUUUGAAAUUGUAAAAGAAUUCUUUGUUUACCAAAGAAUAAAUCAAAGCAAGAAUUUGGAAAAAAGUGCAAGUGUCAACCAAACAAAAAAAAAAAAAAAAAACUCUCUAAGCGUAUUUGGAUUAAAAAAUACAUACGCUAUAACUUUUAAGGACAAGAAAUAAAGUGUUUGAGGAUUUUCUUGCUAACAACAAAGUUUCUAACUAAGACAGCUAAAGAACUGUUGAAAUCUAUAACAAAUAUAUAAAAAACAAAGAACUGUUGAAUUCUCAAAAAAAUCAAGUCAAAGUGUCACCAGCUGUACACCAACAAACCCAAAAUGGAUAAUUUAACGCCGCAAAAAUUCAACAAACCCACAACAUCAUCUUCCAGCAGUACAUCUAACUCAUCGGUGUUCGUUGCGAAAAACACAACAGCCUCACCCGUGCAUGUCGGACACAAAUCCGUUUCCUACUCAUCCACAUCAUCGUCGAGCGACAGCAAAAUGUCCAAAACAAAACUAACACGCGAUCAAAAGACAACGCGCGGUUUUCUCAAUUGCAUCGGCAAGCAUUUAGGCUGCCACUUUCUACAGCAAAAUCCGCGACAUUUACCACAACAGCAAUUGCAGCGUUACAUCUACAACAGUCAAGACGAUUUGCCCAGCUCUUCGACAGACUCGUUCUCGCUUAGUUAUGAACGCGGCUCACAUACGGGCUUUCACCUCACCGGCUCCAGCAUCGAUCUCACUUGCGGUGAUCUUAACGACUACGCAACACAACCGAAAACCCAGAAACAUCACCAGCAACAUGCCUCACAUAAUACACUCUCCUCGUCGGCGUACAGCGGUUCCUCAUGUUCACCAGCUUUCUGCUCGUUCGACGUUGAUUGUUUGGUGGACAUCUACAAUGCUGACGGUGACGCAGAUGGCGAAGAAGAAGUGUCUGUCUCGCUUAAUAUGUACCAUAAGCAGCAGCAGCAGCAGCAACAGCACAAUAACCACACUAAUAACAAUGUGGCGCAUAGCUGUAGUUCCGGUCACAAUACCGAUACAAAUAGCAGCGAUGACGAUGAUGAAUGCUCCACACAUGAGGAGUGCUGUGAACAAAAGCAGAAACGUAAAUGUCUGAAACACGAAGCACCAGCACAUCAGCAACGGCAUGAGCAACAACAAAAAGAACACCCAGCAACACACAAACGUUUGCAUCUUAGUCGGCUGUCGAUUGCCUCGUCGGUGACACGCAUGUUGAACCAUUUCACCAGCAGCACGUCGAUGAGGUCGUUGUCGUGCAGCAGCACACCGUUGCGCUGCUUCAAGGAUGCCAAACCGAAGGAAGCUGAUGACGCAGCCGGGCAUCUGAAUGCCAGGAAUGCCAAGCAUGAGCACAAGAAGCACAGCUUGCCGAAUACGUCGUCAUCGUCGGCAUCGUCCAGCGGCAGUCGCAGCAGCAGCAGUGGCAGCAGCAGCAGCGGCGGUGGUGGCGGUAAAAGCAGCAACAGCGCGAGCGGCAAGAAGAAGGAUAAGAAGCAGCAGAGCAUAUUGCGGCCGCCAGUGCAUUAUGUCUACAUGAAGGGCAUGUCCGGCCUCUACUCGCGUGUGCCGCGCUACACCGUCUGCUCGCCAUAUGCAAUGCAUUAGGUGGGCUAACGUUGGGUUGGCAUUAGUUAUGUAUAUGCAAAUGUGUGCACUAUGUACAUAGAAUAUGCAUACAUAUACACUAUGUAUACAAAAACACAGACGUAUCGAAAAAGAGGCUGACUAUCUAAGUAUCAUAGUUCGUAGAGAUUUGUAGCUUUGGAGAAGUCGAACUUUUUUUCCAAAUAACAACUGCAAAAGACUUGUAACUCAUAACAGAAAUAAUUAUACCGUUAAGUGUACAUAUGUGAUUAGUUUAACCCGUAGUUACUUGUAAGCGCCUAAGUAUAAGCUCGAAGGAAUAAGGUUUGGUUUAUGAAACCAAAGACAUAAUAAUGGAAAUCGCAGUGCCUCGAGUCUCAAGAUUUGAAAUGUAUGAAGCAUGUAAAACAUAAAAUAUAUUGUAUAUAAAUGUACACCAAACACUUAGUGGGUGUGCUGUAGUCUGUUGAGUGAACUCAAUGUAAAACUUUGCAAAAUUUCUUCCAUUCAAAACUGCAUAUUUUUUUCUAAAAGAAAGCGGAAAAUGAAAUCAAAUUAAAACUAAAAAAAAACACUUUAUUGAAAAAGCACUGAAAAGUUCAAAGAUUUCUUCCAUUAC